CAUGCGCGGCGUGGGGCGUCGGGCGCGCGCAGGCAGCGGGGCCAUGGCCGCCCUGCUGCGGGGCCGUGCGCUGGCGGCGCCCUGAGGCGGCGCGGCGCGGCCAUGGUGCCUCGGGGAGCCGCUCUGCCGCCACCGCCGGGCACCGAGCCGCCGCUCUGAGGCGCCGAGCCCCCGCCGCGGGACCGACAGGAGGAGGAGGGAGAAUAGGAACAAGAGGCGGCGGCCACGACCACCGCCGCUUCAGUCUGCUGCCAAUUCACGGAAAGGGAAGAGAAUGGCUGCGAAGGAGAAGUUGGAGGCAAUAUUAAAUGUGGCCCUGAGGGUCCCGAGCAUCAUGCUGUUGGAUGUCUUGUACAGGUGGGACGUCAGCUCAUUCUUCCAGCAGAUCCAAAGAAGUAGCCUGCACAACAACCCUCUCUUCCAGUACAAGUACUUGGCCCUUAAUAUGCAUUAUGUGGGUUACAUCUUAAGCGUUGUGCUCCUCACUUUACCAAGGCAACACCUUGUUCAGCUUUACCUGUACUUUCUGACCGCAUUGCUGCUGUAUGCUGGGCACCAGAUUUCCAGGGAUUACGUGAGAAGUGAAUUGGAAUCAGGGUAUGAAGGGCCAAUGUACUUGGAGCCUCUCUCAAUGAAUCGUUUCAUGACUGCUUUAGUAGGUCAGCUGGUGGUAUGUACGCUCUGCUCCUGCGUCAUGAAAACAAAACAGAUCUGGCUCUUCUCUGCUCAUAUGCUCCCUCUGCUGGCACGGCUCUGCCUCGUCCCGUUGGAAACCAUCGUCGUCAUCAACAAAUUUGCCAUGAUUUUCACUGGUUUGGAAGUUCUCUACUUUCUGGCAUCAAAUCUUCUGGUGCCCUAUAACUUGGCAAAGUCUGCAUACAGAGAGCUUGUCCAGGUGGUGGAAGUAUAUGGUCUCCUGGCUCUGGGAAUGUCUUUGUGGAACCAGCUGGUGGUCCCGGUUCUUUUCAUGGUGUUUUGGCUCGUCUUGUUUGCUCUUCAGAUCUAUUCCUAUUUCAGUACACGGGACCAGCCUGCCUCGAGAGAGAGGCUCCUCUUCCUCUUCUUGACAAGUAUUGCAGAAUGUUGUAGCACUCCAUACUCGUUGCUGGGCUUGGUCUUCACAGUCUCCUUCGUUGCUCUGGGAGUUUUGACUCUCUGCAAGUUUUACUUGCAGGGUUACCGAGCAUUCAUGAAUGACCCUGCUAUGAACAGGGGAAUGACUGAAGGAGUCACACUCCUGAUCCUGGCUGUGCAAACGGGUUUGAUUGAGCUCCAAGUUGUGCAUCGGGCAUUCCUGCUCAGUAUUAUUCUUUUCAUUGUGGUGGCAUCCAUCCUUCAGUCUAUGCUGGAAAUUGCCGAUCCCAUUGUCUUGGCAUUGGGAGCCUCAAGAGACAAGAGUCUGUGGAAGCACUUCCGAGCAGUCAGCCUCUGUUUGUUCUUACUUGUGUUCCCCGCGUACAUGGCCUACAUGAUUUGUCAAUUUUUCCACAUGGAUUUCUGGCUGUUGAUCAUUAUCUCCAGCAGUAUUCUAACCUCUCUUCAGGUGCUUGGGACGCUCUUCAUUUAUGUUUUGUUUAUGGUGGAAGAGUUCAGAAAAGAACCAGUAGAAAAUAUGGAUGACGUGAUUUAUUACGUAAAUGGCACGUACCGGCUGCUGGAAUUCCUUGUCGCUCUCUGUGUGGUGGCAUACGGUGUCUCAGAAACUGUCUUUGGCGAAUGGACUGUGAUGGGCUCUGUGAUCAUCUUCAUUCACUCCUAUUACAACGUGUGGUUGCGGGCCCAGCUGGGGUGGAAAAGUUUUCUUCUUCGCAGAGAUGCAGUGAACAAGAUCAAAUCACUGCCCAUUGCCACAAAAGAGCAGCUGGAGCAACACAAUGAUAUCUGUGCCAUCUGCUACCAGGAUAUGAAAACUGCUGUAAUCACACCAUGUAGCCAUUUUUUUCAUGCGGGCUGUCUUAAGAAAUGGCUGUAUGUGCAAGAAACCUGCCCUCUGUGCCACUGCCAACUUAAGAGCCCUUCACAGCUACCAGGACUGGGACCGGAGCCAGUUCAACAGCCAAAUCCUGGUGCAGAGCAAAAUACCAGACCUGGAGAUGCAGCCGAGCCCCCUGGUGUUGAACACGACAAUGGGCCAAACACAGACAACAACCCUAGCCAGAGCAGCGGACAGGUUGCUGACGGACAGGACAGCCUGGAGGCCUCUGCUGAGACUGAGGGGUCCCGGGGCAUGGACAGGGGCACAAGCCCGUGCGAGGCCAGCCAGGGAGCAGCCUGUGCUGCAGAACUAAUGGCAGCCCCAGAGAGGUGCCCUGCUCGAGACCCGAGGGUUAGCAUCCAGCUCUGAGGUGACAGAGGACGACGCAGGAACAAACACAUUUCAGAGAUUCAAGUUUGACUCAGAAGAAAACCUGUCCUUCCGCAUCUGUGAAAGAAGUUUAGGUGUUAAUGCUGGUCAAAAUGUAAUAUCCCGUGCUGAUUUUUGUGGGCUGCUUGGUAGCGGUAAUUCCAGUGAGAUGUAGUAAAAAAUGACUCCAGAAGCUCUCUGAACUGUGGGCAUAGGAAGGAUGUCUGGAAAUAAAUUGAAGUGGAAGAGUGUUUUCAACAUGUAGGUGAGGGAUGAGAAGAACGGGAGAUCUGUGAGAGGUGGUAGGCAGAUGGACAAAACGCUAGCUUUUGUUUUGGCCAGGAGGAGGGCAUCGAAUACAGCCAUGUCCCAGGGUACCAGAGAGGUGUUAAAUGCAGUGACUUGCUAGUCUCUGACCGAGGUGCAGCUUUGGUUUCUGACAAUUUUUUAUGGCACGUAAGCAAAAAAUCAAAGAUACAACAUCAGUGAUUGUACUAGAAGAUGGAAGCACUCUUAAUACGUCAUGUGUAUGCUUUGGGUGUUCUUGGUGGGGCAAUUGCAUUUGAAUUCAUGUAAUCUAUAGUGACUCUUGACUUUUAUGACGGAGUCUUCAAUAUUUUGAUGUAUAUGAAACUUUUGCUAAUAAUGGCACAGUCUGGGCUGCAUGAAGUAAACUAAAGCUCUAAUGAACACUUUGGCCUCUGCCACCACGUGCAGGAGGAAAGUGGGAUGAGUUUUAGGGCACAGAGAGAAGCCUCGCAGUACUGUGCUGUGUAAUGUUUAAUUCUUGCAGCUGAAUUAAAACAGUAUUAAACUCUGGCGAUAUUUGCA